AGGAGGAAGAAAGAGAGUGAGGAAGAGAGGCGGAUUCUCGCGGCGACGGCGGCGGCUUGCGGAGCCUUGCGGACGACCGUUGUGAAUUCCCCCAAUGGCGCACGCACGGCUCAGCUGUGUGCGGCCCGUACGCCCCGCGUAGUAAUGCGCCUGCCAGGAUCGCCGUCCGGGUGAGAGCCGUACACGCCAGUACCGGGACGUGGAGAGAGGAAACAUGGAACGUCCAUUAAAUGUCAUAGUUACACAUUGCUCCAUUCAAUGCCACAUUUAGCCCUGCGUUUGGAUAGUUUUUAAUGCAACAGAAGCAGUACAUUGUCGUGGCACAGUAGGCCAAACUCCUGUCAGGAGAGAUGGAUGCGGUGCGGGAUGAGGAUAGGUGGAGACGCCUGCGGUCUCUGGAGGAGCGUAUAAGGGAUCCAAGAAGCGUCACAAAUAUCGACUGCUUGUUGGACACAGUUCAAGCCCUGGUAUCGGAUUGCGAUCACGCGAGCGUGAAACGCAUGAAAAACAUAGAAGCUUAUAUGAAUAGAUAUGACUCCGUAGCUCAAGAGAUAUGUAAAAUGCGAAUGCGCACGGAUGAUUUUACUCUGAUAAAAGUAAUCGGCCGUGGAGCGUUCGGUGAGGUGCAGUUGGUCAGACACAAAUCCACGCAGAAAGUUUACGCAAUGAAGUUACUUAGUAAAUUUGAAAUGAUUAAAAGAUCGGAUUCCGCAUUUUUCUGGGAGGAGAGGGACAUAAUGGCGCACGCCAAUUCUCAGUGGAUAGUACAGCUCCACUUCGCGUUCCAAGAUCAGAAGUAUCUCUACAUGGUGAUGGAUUACAUGCCGGGCGGAGAUCUCGUGAACCUGAUGUCGAACUAUGACGUGCCGGAAAAAUGGGCGAAAUUUUACUGCGCCGAGGUGGUACUCGCACUGGAUGCUAUACACCUGAUGGGUUUCGUUCACAGGGACGUGAAGCCGGACAAUAUGUUGCUCGACAAGCACGGCCACCUGAAGCUCGCCGAUUUCGGCACGUGUAUGAGGAUGGAUGUUGACGGCUUGGUCCGAUCUGACACCGCGGUCGGUACACCCGAUUAUAUAUCCCCGGAAGUUUUACAGUCGCAAGGCGGCGAGGGCGUGUACGGUCGUGAGUGCGACUGGUGGUCUGUGGGUGUCUUUCUGUACGAAAUGCUGGUCGGCGACACACCGUUCUACGCCGACUCCUUGGUCGGCACGUACUCGAAAAUCAUGGAUCACAGGAACUCGCUGCACUUUCCCCAGGAGGUCGACAUCUCGCACUCGGCGAAGAACCUGAUAUGCGGCUUCCUCACCGACAGAACGAAGCGUCUCGGUCGCAACGGCGUGGACGAGAUCAAGAGCCACCCGUUCUUCAAGAACGACCAGUGGACCUUCGACAACCUGAGAGAAUGCGUGCCGCCGGUGGUGCCUGAACUGUCCGGGGAUGACGACACCAGCAACUUCGACGACGUCGACAAGGACGAUGGACCGGAGGAAAGUUUUCCGGUGCCCAAGGCAUUUUCCGGUAACCACCUGCCUUUUAUCGGGUUCACCUAUUCGGGCGACUACCAGCUGAUGGCCUCGUACGGCAAGGAGUCCGUCGAUGGACUGGAGAAUCAUGUUAACAACGGCACGACGGACGAUGUGAAGAUCUCGCAGCUGGAGAAUUUGCUGGACCGCGAGAGACGGCAAGUGGAGACGAUGGAGUCGCGGCAGAAGGCGCUGAACACGCAGCUGGAAGCGAUGACGCGCCGAGAGGCCGAGCUGCGCGACGAAAUCGGCAGGGCGGACAAGGAGCUGACGUUGCUCCGGCACAACUACAAGGAGGCGCAGCGCCGAGUGGAACACGAGACCGAGACCCGCAGGAAGGCGGAGUCGCUGCUCGUGGAGCUGAAGAAGAAGUUCGACGAGGAGCAGACGAGACGGGCGCGAGACGCCAGCAACUCCCAGCAGACGUCCGAGCGCGUCACCACGUUGGAGAAGCAGCUCAAAGAGAUGCAGUGCAAGCUGGAGAGAGAAACGGAAACGGCGACGCGGCUGCGGAAGCAAACCACGGAAGUGACCGUCGCACGUCAGGCCGCCGAGCAAAUGGCCAGCGAGCUGCAGGUUGUGAGGGCCCAGCUGCAAGCGCAGCGCGACAACUUGCAGCAGGAGGUUGCCGCUCUCCAGGGCCAACUUUCCAAGGAACGCAGUUCCCGAUCGCAAGCAUCAUCGCUGACGGCUGAGUUGGAGACGCGUCUCUCCGCCUUGCACCUCGAAUUAGAGCGCAGUCGUGAGAAAGAAGAGAAGGCCACCCUGGACAACAGACAAUUGAACGAAAGGGUUUCCGCGUUGGAGAAGGAAGCUGCUAGCUUGACCCUGGAGCUGAAAGCCGCGCAAGCCAGGUACAAUCAGGAAGUUGUGGCGCAUCAAGAAACGGAACGAUCGCGCAUACUGUCCAAGGAGGAGGCCAAUCUGGAGGUUGUCAAAGCUCUGCAAGUGAAACUGAACGAGGAGAAAAGCGGUAGACAGCGCGCGGAAUUGCUCGCACAGGAGAAGGAACGUCAGACGUCGAUGCUCUCCGUCGACUACCGGCAGAUCCAGCAACGGCUGCAGAAAUUGGAGGGCGAGCACAGGCAGGAGAUGGAGAAGGUCAAGGUCCUUCAGGGCCAGGUCGAGCAGGAGCAGCAGAAGCGGAACGUUCUGCAAACCGACUUGGGCCAGCAAACGUCCGAAGUGGGGAGACUUCGCGCUCGCGAGCAGCAGUUGGUCGGAGAGGUCGCUCAGCUGAGGGAGGCCAAGCGACAAAUAGACGAGGAGUUGCAUCACCUGAAGACUCAGAGGAACGUCGAUCAGCUGCAGACGAAGGAACUGCAGGAACAGUUGGAGGCCGAAGCUUAUUUCUCGACUCUCUACAAGACGCAGACGCAGGAGUUGCGGGAAGAGCUGGACGAGAAGGUGAGGCUGCAGCAGGAAUUCGAGGAAGAGCGUAGCUCCCUGGUUCACCAGUUGCAGCUGUCCCUGGCGCGCGGUGACAGCGAGGCGCUGGCCAGGUCCAUAGCCGAGGAGACCGUGGCGGACUUGGAGAAGGAAAGGACGAUGAAGGAGCUAGAGUACAAAGACGGGGUCGCCAAGCACCACCAAGAGCUGAACGCGAAGGAGCAACUCAUAAACAGGCUGAAGGAGAACGAGAGCGAGUUCAAGAAAUCGGUCGAGCAGACCCUGAAGGACAAAGAAGAGCUGGGCAAGCGGCUGAAGGAACUGCAAGACCAGCUCGGCAAAGCGCAGUCCAACGCGGAAGAGAUCGAGAAGCUCAGCAGCAAGCUGAAAACCGAGCAGGUGCUGAAGCAGCAGGCGGUCAACAAGCUGGCCGAGAUCAUGAACCGGAAGGAUCUCUCGUCGAGCGGCAAGAACAAGAACAAGGCGUCCGCCGCGGAUCUCAGGAAAAAGGAGAAAGAUUGCAGGCGGCUGCAGCAGGAGCUCACCCAGGAGAGGGAGAAGUACGGACAGCUGGCAGCAAAGUGGCAGAAGGAUCUGCAAGACAUACAGGCGCAACUCGUAGAAGAGAAUCAAGCGAAGCUGAGGCUGCAGAUGGAACUGGACUCGAAGGACUCGGAGAUCGAAACGCUGCAAAUGAAGAUCGCGUCGCUCAAUUCGGAAACUGCCAGUGUCUCGUCGAUCGAAAACGACGGGGAGGACUCCGUCCUGUCCGAGCAUGGUACGAUGAGGCUGGAGGGCUGGUUAAAUGUGCCAAACAAGCAGAACAUUAAGCGGCACGGGUGGAAGAAGCAAUAUGUCGUGGUUUCUUCCAAGAAGAUCAUCUUCUACAACAGCGAAAACGACAAGAUGAACGCCGAUCCAGUCCUGAUAUUAGACUUGAACAAAGUCUUCCACGUUAGAUCUGUUACUCAGGGUGAUGUUAUCCGAGCCAAUGCCAAAGAUAUACCGAGAAUAUUUCAGUUACUCUAUGCCGGUGAGGGCGAAGCGAGGCGGCCCGGCGACGAAGGAAAUACACUGCCUGGAGUGGAUUUGCCACAGCUCACCGACAAACCCGGCACACAGUCGCUGAAGGGCCACGAGUUCGUGUCAAUAUCGUAUCACAUGCCGACGACUUGCGAAGUCUGCUCGAAGCAACUCUGGCAUAUGUUCCGGCCUUCGCCAGCCCUCGAAUGCCGAAGGUGUCGCAUCAAGGUUCACAAGGAACAUUUGGAUAAGAAGGAAGAUGCCAUAGCCCCGUGCAAAUUGCACUACGAUCCGAACAGCGCCCGCGAGUUGCUGUUGCUCGCGGCGAAUCCCGAGGAUCAGAAGUACUGGGUCUCGAGGCUGUCCAGACGCGUACAGAAAUGCGGCUACAAAGCAAACUCGCAUGUGGACGGCACGGGACAGCGAGUCUCGCCAAGGGAAUCCACGAGGUCGACAUUAAAGCCAUACUUGACGGUGCAGCAACGAUCAGCGACGUUACCAGCGAACGCUAGUAUGGGCAAGUGAUCUUGGAAGAUCCUACCGCUGGCCAGUCGAGACUCUGGUUAUGAUCAGUUGCCCCGUUUGUCCCCGGUCACUGUGAAGUCAGUGAGAACGUUGAGUCGAUCGUUCUGUGCGAUCACAACCUCGCGAUUUUCAUUUCGCGCUAUCCGGCGACCCAAGUAGACUGUCGAUAAUUUUCUAGAUCGAAGAGUGAGAGAGAGAGAGAGAGAGAGAGAACAAUCGAAGUAACGAUCGACGUUACUUUUACGCAGCUAAGAGUAAAUUCGAGUUUGAGAGAACUGCUGGAGAAAACAGGGUUUACUACACGCAUGUGCCGGAUGUGAUGAAGCGGACGAGACGUAGAGGCACGAACAGGAAAGGAAAGGAGGAAGAGAGACAGGACGUCGUGCCCGCCGGAUCCCUUUUUGCCCGCCGUAAUCGUUUUCCAGGACAAUAACGUGAGUCACGGAGACGCGCGCGCCGUGUUCCUCGGAAUCGCCGAAUCUCGUUUCGUCGUGUGCGAUGGCACGGUAUAAAAAAAAGAACUUUCGUACAGUGUUCGUGAUAUUACACAUGUAUGCAUAUAUUUGCGCGACAGGCUGUAAGCGUUCUCUCGGCAGAAGAAGGAUGGAAUUUCCGCGAUGUGAUUUCUGGAUAUCGGGACUAUCUGUAUUUAACUUCGUACGCACACUUCUUACUGCCUUCGAUUAACGAUAAAGGAAUCGUGAUGGGGACUGUUUUUUAGCGUAGUAAGGCGAAAAUCGCAUUUUUUCGAUGCUUUAAACUGGAAAUUUUGGAAGCUUACACGAGGGGGGAGAGAGAGAGAGAGAGAGAGAGAGAGAGAGAGAGAG